GUGGCUGAGUUGUGCCUUGCUGCAGUAGAGGUGGCAUUCUCUUUUCUGCUUUUCCCUCGCCUCCGCCUGCCCAGGACUCCGCCAGGCCAUGGAGGCGGUGGCCGUAUACCACGGCAAAAUCAGCCGGGAGACCGGGGAAAAGCUCCUGCUCGCCACGGGUCUGGACGGCAGCUAUUUGCUGAGGGACAGCGAGAGCGUCCCGGGCGUGUACUGCCUGUGUGUGCUGUAUCAAGGUUACAUUUAUACAUACCGAGUGUCCCAGACAGAAACAGGUUCUUGGAGUGCCGAGACAGCUCCUGGGGUACAUAAAAGAUUUUUCCGGAAAAUAAAAAAUCUCAUUUCAGCAUUUCAGAAGCCAGAUCAAGGCAUUGUAAUACCUCUGCAGUAUCCAGUCGAGAAGAAGCCCUCUCCCAGAAGUACACAAGGUACUACAGGGAGAAGAGAUAACCCUGAUGUCUGCCUGAAAGCACCAUGAAGCAAAAUAAAACACCUCAUACUUUAUUUUCAAUAAUUUAAAUAUAUACUAAGUCUUGUAUAUUGUAGAUAAUUUAGUUCAGUGAGCUACAAAUGCUUUUCUAAAGCUAUCAUAGUCCUGUAAUGGCAGCAUCGAGCAGGAUGCUAAAAUUGAAAUGGACUUUGUAGAUAAGAGGAGCUUCAAAAUGAUUGAGGAAAAAAAAUCCAUUGGGUUGUUUUCAGUCAUUAUAUUUACAAAUGGGAAGUAAUUUAAAGCAUAAUGGAUACUUUAUAAAAUAAUGUCAAUUCUUGCCAAAUAUAAAUAAAAAUAUCCUCUUUUUUGUG